AUGCAGUAUUGCACAGAAAAAUUGAUCGAGAUAUGGUUCGAUAAAGAUCAAGACGGAGCUAAAUCACUGAGAAAUAUUCCUUAUGCAGAAUUAGUUGUUAUGCUAGAUAUCGCUGACUGCCACAUAUUGCACUCUAGAAGCAAUGGUUGCAUGGAUAGUUAUGUUUUAAGUGAGAGCAGCAUGUUUGUCUCAAAUUUUCGCAUCAUUUUGAAGACGUGUGGUACAACACGCUUACUUCAUGCUGUGGAACGAAUCUUGCAACUUGCAAAAGUGUACUGCAAUAUGGAUAAUGUUAUUAGUGUAUUCUAUUCAAGGAAAAACUUCAUGCAACCUGGGCAACAACCUUUUCCACAUUCAUCCUUUGAAACGGAAGUUGAUUAUCUCGAAAAAUAUUUUCCAGGAGGUUCGGCUUAUUACAUUGGCCCACAAAGAAAAGAUUGUUGGUUUUUGUAUACAAUGGUUGUUCCGAAGGCUGCUUUUCCGUUCCCGGAGCAUACGCUCGAAAUAUUGAUGACGGAAUUACCGGAAGAUGUUCUUAGUGUAUUCACUACUAUAGUGAGCAAAGAUGGGAAGGAUUGUAGGAUGAAAUCUGCCAUCAAUACGAUAAUUCCUUUGGAUACUAUCGUUCAUGAGGAAUUAUUUAAUCCAUGCGGUUAUAGUUUAAAUGGUCUGAUUCCAAAAUCGGACCAGUACAUUACGAUUCACGUUACACCAGAACCCAAUUUUUCAUAUGUUAGUUUUGAAACUAACCAAAAUACUUUGAAUUUGUGUGAACAAAUGCUGGAAGUCGUUGAAAUUUUCAGACCAAAAAAAUUCUUGCUUACAAUUUUCUCGAAUGAAUUGUCAAAUGAAGGAUUGAAGGUACAGAAGAGUUUGUCGGACCUGAUAUUUCGCGGUUACCAUCGAAAUAACUUCCAGUUCCUCCAGUUACCGAACGAAACGAUGGUUUAUGCUCAGUUCCAAUUAUCCAAGGAUUUCGAACAGUUGUCAGUCAAUGUCAAUAAAAAGAAGUUUUCGGCAAAUAAUGAAAAUAGUGGAACUAAAGACUUCCUUUCGCAAUAA